CACGCCGGGCGAAAGAGCUUUGUCUGAGAGUUGAAGUGAAGUUGUAGAGAUUUCAGACUGGAGUCAGCAAUCACGGGUGUUUAGUCUGCAACGGAGCGGAGGGAAGAGGACCGGGGCAGAGAGGGAGGAAGCCGCCGGGGAGGACGGACGCCCACCGCAGACUCCCGCCCCCGACCGCCCGUGCGACCGAGGGAUGCCGAGCGCGCUCGGGGGACCGCGCCGGGGUGACCGCGCUUCGCCCAGCCCCGGGAGGACGAGCGGCCACACGGAUGCAUCCCGCGGCCCUUCCACGGUGUGGACGAAGCUAAAGUUUGCGAGCGAUCCGUGGCGUUGUGCGGCGUGACUCCGGGACGCCGUUCAGUUCCGAGGAGCUGAUGUGGCUUGGCGGUAAGUUGCCGGAGGAAGUUGAGGGGAUCGCUGCGCUCUUGUAAGUCGCUCUCGCCAGGGGGGAAUCUCGCUGCACCAAAUGAAUGCUAAAAUGCACUUUAGACUUGCGUUUGCACUUCUGGUGGCGUUUUUCUACCGCGAUGCUCUGGGCAAGAAUCUGAAAUACAGGAUUUAUGAGGAGCAGAGGGUUGGCUCGGUCAUUGCAAGACUAUCGGAGGAUGCGGCUGACGUGUUCUCAAAGCUUCCUAACCCGUCUGCGGUCCGUUUUCGGGCCAUGCAAAGGGGGAAUUCUCCUCUCCUUGUGGUCAACGAGAACACGGGGGAAAUCAGCAUCGGGGCCACCAUCGACAGGGAGCAGCUCUGUCAGAAAAACUUGAAUUGUUCCAUAGAGUUUGAUGUGAUCACCCUACCCACCGACCAUCUGCACCUCUUCCACAUCGAAGUGGAAGUGUUGGACAUCAAUGAUAAUUCCCCCCAGUUCUCCAGACCCGUCAUCCCCAUAGAGAUAUCCGAGAGCGCAGCAGUGGGAACUCGGAUCCCCCUGGACAGUGCGUUUGAUGCAGAUGUCGGGGAAAAUUCCCUCCACACCUACUCCCUCUCUACCAAUGAUUUUUUCAAUAUCGAGGUCCGGACGAGAACGGAUGGCGCCAAGUACGCCGAACUCAUUGUGGUGAGAGAGUUGGAUCGCGAACUGAAGUCCAGCUAUGAGCUGCAGCUCACGGCCUCGGACCUGGGAGUGCCUCCAAGGUCGGGCUCUUCCCUCCUGAAAGUCAGCAUUUCUGACUCCAAUGACAAUAGCCCUGCCUUUGAGCAGCAGUCUUACGUUAUACAACUCUUAGAAAACGCUCCCGUGGGCACUUUGCUCCUGGAUCUAAAUGCCACUGAUCCAGAUGAGGGCGCUAACGGGAAAAUUGUCUACUCCUUCAGCAGUCACGUGUCCCCCCAAAUUCUAGAGACUUUUAAAAUCGACUCAGAAAGAGGACAUUUGACUCUUUUUAAACAAGUGGAUUAUGAAAUCACUGAGUCCUACGAGAUUGAUGUUCAGGCUCAGGAUUUGGGUCCGAACUCCAUUCCAGCUCACUGCAAAAUUAUAAUUAAGGUUGUGGAUGUCAAUGACAAUAAACCUGAAAUUAAUAUAAACCUUAUGUCCCCUGAGAAAGAAGAAAUAUCUUAUGUUUUUGAAGGAGAUCCUAUCGAGACAUUUGUUGCUUUGGUCAGGGUGCAAGACAAGGACUCUGGGCUGAAUGGGGAAGUUGUGUGUAAGCUUCAUGGGCAUGGCCAUUUUAAACUUCAGAAGAGUUAUGAGAACAAUUAUAUCAUCUUGACCAAUGCCACUCUAGAUAGAGAAAAGAGGUCGGAGUAUAGUUUGACUGUCAUUGCGGAGGACAGGGGCACACCCAGCCUCUCUUCAGUGAAGCACUUUACUGUUCAGAUCAAUGACAUUAAUGACAACCCACCUCGCUUCCAGAGGAGCCGCUAUGAAUUUGUAAUCUCAGAGAAUAACUCACCAGGGGCAUAUAUCACCACAGUUACAGCCACAGACCCCGAUCUUGAUGAAAAUGGACAGGUGACAUACACCAUUUUGGAGAGUUUUAUCCUGGGAAGUUCCAUCACUACAUAUGUCACCAUUGACCCAUCCAACGGAGCCAUCUAUGCCCUCAGAAUCUUUGACCAUGAAGAAGUAAGUCAGAUCACUUUUGUGGUUGAAGCAAGGGAUGGAGGGAGUCCAAGGCAGCUUAUGAGUAACACCACAGUUGUGCUCACCAUCAUUGAUGAAAAUGACAAUGUCCCCAUGGUUAUAGGGCCUACGAUGCACAACAAUACUGCAGAAAUCACCAUCCCCAAAGGGGCUGAAAGUGGCUUUCAUGUCACAAGAAUAAGGGCCAUUGAUAGGGACUCUGGUAUCAAUGCUGAGCUCAGCUGUUUCAUAGUAGCUGGUAAUGAGGAGAGCAUCUUUGUCAUUGACCCACGAUCAUGUGACAUCCAUACCAACGUGAGCAUGGAGUCCAUUUCUUCCACUGAAUGGGAGCUCUCAGUUAUCAUCCAGGAUAAAGGCACCCCUCAGCUGCACACCAAAGUCCUUCUAAAGUGUAUGAUCUUUGAACAUGUGGAAUCGGUGACAAGUACAGCAAUGACCUCAGUAAGUCAGGCAUCACUGGAUGUGUCCAUGAUUAUAAUUAUUUCCUUAGGAGCCAUUUGUGCAGUGUUAUUGGUCAUCAUGGUGCUAUUUGCAACAAGAUGUAGCCGAGAAAAGAAAGACACUAGAUCUUACAACUGCAGGGUCGCAGAAUCAACUUACCAGCACCACCCAAAAAGGCCAUCUAGACAGAUUCACAAAGGGGACAUCACUCUGGUGCCCACCCUGAAUGGCACUCUGCCUAUCAGAUCCCAUCACAGAUCAUCCCCAUCUUCAUCUCCUACCUUGGAAAGAGGGCAAAUGGGCAGCCGCCAGAGUCACAACAGUCACCAGUCCCUCAACAGCUUGGUGACAAUCUCAUCCAAUCACGUGCCAGAGAACUUCUCAUUAGAACUCACCCAUGCCACGCCUGCUGUUGAGCAGGUCUCACAGCUUCUUUCCAUGCUGCACCAGGGGCAGUACCAGCCAAGGCCAAGUUUCCGAGGAAAUAAAUACUCCAGGAGCUAUAGAUAUGCCCUUCAGGACAUGGAUAAGUUCAGCCUGAAAGACAGUGGCCGUGGUGACAGUGAAGCUGGAGACAGUGACUAUGAUUUGGGACGAGACUCUCCCAUAGACAGGCUGCUGGGAGAAGGAUUCAGUGACCUGUUUCUUACAGAUGGAAGAAUUCCAGCAGCUAUGAGGCUAUGCACAGAGGAGUGCAGGGUCCUGGGCCACUCUGACCAGUGCUGGAUGCCCCCGCUGCCCUCGCCGUCUGAUUACAGGAGCAACAUGUUCAUCCCGGGGGAAGAAUUCGCAGCCCAAGCCCAGCAGCCACACCCACACCCUAGCCUUGAGGACGACAGCCAGUCUGGAGACACUGGGGAGAAGAAGAAGAGCUUUUCCACAUUUGGGAAGGACUCCCCUAGCGAGGAAGAUUCUGGGGACACCAGCACGUCAUCCCUUCUGUCCGAGAUGAGCAGUGUGUUCCAGCGUUUGCUGCCAGCAUCCAUGGACUCCUAUUCUGAGUGCAGCAACGAGGUGGACCGGUCCAACUCCCUGGAACGCAGAAAAGGGCCCUUGCAGGCUAAAACUGUGGGCUACCCUCAAGGGGUGGCUGCCUGGGCAGCCAGCACACACUUUCAGAACCCUACCAGCAACUCUGGGCCCCCUCUGGGGACUCACUCCAGCGUGCAGCCUUCUUCCAAGUGGCUGCCAGCCAUGGAGGAAAUCCCUGAGAACUAUGAGGAAGAUGAUCUUGACAAUGUGCUCAACCACCUGAGUGACGGGAAACAUGAACUCAUGGAUGCCAGCGAGCUGGUGGCUGAGAUUAACAAACUGCUUCAAGAUGUGCGCCAGAGUUAGAAGAGCUUAGCCAAGGCCAUCUUGAUUUCCCCAUAUAUAAAAUGAUGGGGGCAGAGAAAAAAAGUACCCUCAAAGAACUGGCGUGGCCAAAUAGUAGCAUUUAUCAUAAAUGUGUCUGUGUAUAUUGAAUAUUAAAUACUGUAUUUUCGUAUGUACACAAUGCAAGUGUGAUUAUUUUAAUCUGUAUUUUAAAAAUACAUUUGUACCUUAUAUUUAUGUGUAAUUUAACAGACAAAUUUUAUUUUUUUACUCCCAUGACAAACAUGUCUUUCCUAAUCAUGCAGAAACUAGCCACUGUUCUAAAUCUAUGACCUAUUCAAUCACAAAGUAUAAAGGUACUGUGUAGAUUAGUUAGGUCGGGGAAAGAACUAUUAUGUUAUAUGAACAACCUCACCAAUGCAUUAUGCAAUCUUACUUCCAUUAACUGAUUCAACUUCUUUUUCAACACUUAAGAAAGCAUCAUUAAAAUGCUAAACUACUUCAUCGUUAUUCUGUUUUGCUGCACUCUGCUAGCUGUGAUAGUUUGAUUCUUAUAGCCAAAUUGAGGAAUUAAAUAAAAUUUUAUUUUAGGACAGAGAAGCAUCUUGAGGGAUAUUUAUAAGGAGACUAUGAGAAAUGGAUUUUCCACAGACAAUGAUGUAAACAGACAUAAGUCUAUGCUUCCUGACUCCCAGGCCCCUACAAUUACAGGGCAUCACACUGGCCUGGUCUUGAAAAUAUUUCUCCAACAGUAUUUUAUUGACUUAGAGUUAAGGUAAACAAGGGAUUUUUUUCCACCCUCGGAAAAUGAAAUGUGACCCAAUGACAUGGGAUUUGUCCUUUAAAUGGAUAAUGGUUUGCAUUCUACCAGCAUGAAGCAUUAAUCGACCUAGAAAAAUAUGCCAGUGCCCCUCCCCAGGGUGGUAAACAUAAUUGAUUUAUUGUAAAACUUCUAUUUGAACCUUCCCCUCUCCUCUCACAAUACUUGAAUUUCUUUGUUUAUCUAUUGCAAUAUUUAACUUUUGCUAUAACUAUUCACUUUUAGCUUUUAUCUACAAUGCAUGAGCUCAUAGUUUUGCUUGUAUUUUUAGUAUAUGCACAUUUACAAAGUCACAUUUUUGUUAGUAUAAUUUUGUUUAAUUUCUUGUGCAACAAAUGAGAAAUUCUUUAUUUAUUGUGCUGUUAUCUCUCUGUGUGGAAUGCCUUGGUACGAAAGAUCCUUAUUAUGACUAUUAUUGUUUAUGAUCAAGCUUCUAUUAAUGCUAUUUCUAUUAGUACACUAUCUUGAUUGUACUCUCCCAAAAAUUUUACUGUCAGUGAAAAUAAAAUGAAAAUUAAAGCAAAGCUAUGGAACUGUCCAUAAAUCAGAA